AUGCGACAAUUUCCCAGAUUAUGGGAAGAAAGCGAACAAGACGCUCGCUAUGUGCAAUACUUCAUCGAGUGUCUCUCCCGGGACAUGUCCAGUUGUGGCAGCGAGUACGCGCCCUGGCGACCUCUCAUGAUCCAAGCCAUGCACCAGGAGAUUGCUAUCCGUCGAGGUGUUGUCGCUCUUAGCGCGCUCAUGCAGGAACGACUGGCGAAUGGCUCAGUGGGGAUACAUGGGUUUAAUACACCCCCUCGGAGCGGUCGGUAUCUUUUCGGGCUGAAGAAGUAUGGCAGAGCGUUGGCUUCCUUGCAGGGAUUAGUCAAGGAUAUGGGGAACGACAAAUAUCUUACCCAGGUAGCCCUGCUCUGUGGGAUCGUCUGUAUAUGGUUCGAGAUUCUCAUGCGGGAUUAUCUUGCCGGGUUGAGUCACCUGGAGAUGUGUUUGAAGAUUGUCCUAAAUGCAGGCCCUUUGGGAAAUAUCGACUCAGACAUCCAACGAGCAUAUGCGCGAAUGGACAUGCAAGCAUCGCUGUAUGUCGGGAUUCGUGCCCCCGUCACCGUCCGCGAAGAAAUGUCCCCGAUUCCCUACGUCUUCGACUCUUUCAACCAGGCCGAAACCUGCCUGAUGGAGGAGUACGCUCGAGUCAUCCACUUUUACCGUAAUGGAGGCAACUUCUACCGUACCCAUCAAUCAGAUGGCGUUCCGCUGGAGCUGGUCGCGUACACACAGACCCUGCAGACGCGUCUAGAGCUCUGGAAGUCGGCAUUCGGGUACUCUUAUUCGUGUCAGAAGGCGCAGGGCAGUCCGCAGACUUCUGCGCGCGCUUCUCUUCUGCUCAUCCAGUAUUACGUCGCACUAGUAACUGCAUCUACAUCCGUCUAUGCCGAGGAAACGCUAUAUGAUCGGUUCGUGUAUGCGUUCAAGCGGAUUCUAUCCCUGGUGAGAACAUCCAACGCCUGCCAACAGAGCGCAGCUGCGAGUUUGCUCGUCGGGGUUCCCAUGAAGAUGGGCGUCAUAUACCCGUUGUAUUUUGUCGCAACCAAAUGUCGAGACUCGGCGGUCCGGCAGGAGGCCAUCGACUUGUUGUCCUCGGCGCCGUAUCCGGAUGUGGUCUGGGAGGCGCCGAUACUGACGGCUGUCUCACGGAGGGCGAAGGAAAUCGAGGAGCUGGGACUAGACGGAAACGGGCCGAUUCCAGAGUUCAAGAGGCUUCAUGGCCUCGGGUGGGCGAUAGAUUAUGAAACUCGCCAAGUGAGUGUGGAAUUCCGUAGACGAUCCAACGGAAUGGACGGCGAGUGGGACGAAUGGAAGGAAUGCCUUAGCUGGUAG